UUCUGCGCAGUGUCUUAGUCUCCUCGUCAGAGCGCCGGACUCCCAUGACGGACCGACCAGGUCCGAGGCCCUCUUGGAGCGGCGCAGUUCGUUCCGGUUACACUUGCACGGGCAUGACUUGGCCAGGAGAACAUUUAUACACACUGAGAUUGUUUUAAAAGUACUACCCUUCUUUAGGUAAUAAAACUAAUCCAAUGGGGUUUGGCACAUAGAUAUGUUUGAUUGUUCAUUUCUUAAAGCUGAGGAUAGAGGUGUUCAGAAUAAUCUAAGCAGUACUUUGAACUUUGAACAUAUACACACAUAAACACGUUCCCUCACAGAGUCAGACACAUAUCGGUACCUCCAAAUAAACAUCACAUCUGAACAGAUGAAGACUAUGAAGCAGUGGAUGAAGGAUUGGAGGUAUCCCACCUCUCUGCUAUGCAUCUAUGGGUUCUUCAGCACUGUUAAGCCACUAGAACCGUUCCUCAUCCCAUAUUUAGCUGGACCAGACAAGAAUUUAACCAUAGAGCAGGUAACCAAUCAGAUUUUCCCAGUGUGGACAUACUCAUACCUGGCCGUGCUGGUUCCUGUUUUUCUUCUCACCGAUUGGCUACGUUACAAACCUGUGGUGGUCUUCCAGUGCACCGCCCUCUUGGUCACCACGGCGAUGUUACUGUGGUUAAAGGGUGUACCAGAGAUGCAGGCUGUUCAGUUUACGUACGGAGUGGUGACGUCGUGCGACGUAGCAUACUUCACAUACAUCUACAGCAUGGUGGAGUUGAAGCACUAUUUAAAAGCCACCUCAUACUGCCGGACGGCCCAACUUCUGGGCUACACCGUGGGCUCAGUGCUGGGCCAGGUGCUGGUGUCUUUUGAACUGCUCUCCUACAAAAACAUUCUUGUAUUUACUCUGGUUAUAACCUCCAUUGCAUGGAUCACCUCAAUCUUUCUCCCAUUGCCAAAAACAAGUAUGUUCUUCCACCAAAGAAGAAGAGAUGGAGGAGAGGAUGAAGAUAAUGUACACGAGGGCAGUGGACCCUUGAAACCGGAAGCGUUAGAGACGGCGAAAGGGCCUUUGACGGAGGAUGUUACUCAGAACAAUGAACAAUCCAGCUUUGAGAAUCAUCUAGAUGAUGUAAAAGUGGAUGAAUCAGCAGAAAAGCAGACGAAAAAUGACAGCGAUAGCAACAGUACAAGAAAUUCCAAAACAGUUGGCUGUGGUGAUGUUCUGCUCCGGUUGUGGAAGGAUUUUCUGCAGUGUUUCUCUUCUCGUACGUUGCUUUACUGGUCGGUGUGGUGGGCACUGGCCACAUGCGGCUACAACCAGACGGUGAACUACGUCCAGGCCCUGUGGGAACACGUGGAGCCUUCUAGUAACUUCACAGUGUACAAUGGAGGAGUGGAGGCCAUCUCAAACCUAUUUGGAGCCGCGGCGGCAUAUGGUGUAGGUUUUACAUCAGCGGACUGGUCUCUCUGGGGGGAGAUGACCUUGGGUGCGCUCUCGGCCCUAGAGGGCGGUGCUCUCUUUGCUAUGGUCUUCAGUGCCAACAUCUGGGUUUGUUACUGUGGUUACAUCCUCUUUAAGAGCCUGUACAUGCUACUCAUCACUAUUGCCAUGUACCAGAUAGCAGCUGGAUUGAACAUGGAGCGUUAUGCGCUCGUGUUUGGAGCAAACACGUUCUGUGCUUUAGUGUUUCAGACCAUUCUCACUUCAGUGGUGGUGGACAGCAGAGGACUGGGCCUGGAUGUGGUCACACAGUUCAUCAUCUAUGGCGCAUAUUUUAGCGUUAUUGCAGUUAUUUUCUUUGUCAGAGGAUUGUAUACAACAUUGUGCCAAAAAUCCCAAAAGAAUAAACAGAGAGAGAAGCCAGAAGAUACCUGUGAGGCAGAAGAUGAUGCACAAAUCAAAGGAACAAAACUAUGACCAAAUAAAAAUGUUCUAUAACAA